AGAAGUUAGUUGGUGCCCUUGAUGAAAAAUGAUGACAGCAAGAUUGACUUUCAAAACGAAGAAACCGAACAUGACCGGCGACAGGGGGUUUCUGAGCCGUAUUUUCUGAAUAUUCCUAACAACCAGUAUAUGAGAAAGUUGAUAGAGAUCCAAGAAAACCAAUUGAAAAUUAUCAACAGCAUUAAGAAACACCAAAAGCAAUUUCAAUUAUUGUCUCAGGAUUUUCCCUUUUUGAAGAAAGAAAUGUUGCUUGAUUUUGUGGAUGAAAAAUAUGACGAAAACAAUAACAAUAGAGAUAGCAAUGAGAGGCUCGGCAGUUUCAAUCGAAGAUUUCAAUCUGAUUUUAAUGAAAACCAAAAUUUUGAUUAUGAUACUGAUAAAAGCAUUCAAAGUUUGAACAGCGAGAGCCAUGAAAAUGAAGAGGCUCACUCCAGGCAAAACAAUUAUCAUAAAAUUAAUCUGAAUGAUAAUAAUAAUACUAAUAGUAAUAAUAAUAGUAAUAUCAUUAAAAGUCCUAAUAAUGCGAAUGAUACUAAAGAUAACUCUCAUGAAAAUCCCAACACAAAAAAUUCUAACAAAAAUAAAGAAAUUCAAAAUUUAGAAAAUAAUAAAAAAGAUAUUAAACUUGCUAGCAGCAGCACUGACAAUUCUACAAAUGACAUAUCACAUAAUAGUUAUGAAAAUGAUGACUCCUAUACUUUAUUAAUGGAUUUAGGUAAACAGCUAAAGUCAAAAAUAACAUAUAAAUUUAACACUAGCAAUAUUAAUUUGUCAUUUGUUCAAAAUGAAAGCUCUCUUUCUGAUGAUAAUAACAAUGAAAACAAAGAUUUUCAAAAUACUGAAAUUUUGGAUGAUAUUUAUUACGCAUUUAAUCAUAUUUCAAAUGGCAUCGAUGGCUCCAAUAUAGCUGAAAAUAACAAUUCAAUCUCAAUUGCAAAUUAUAGUGAUAGCACAAAUGAUAGUGAUAAUAAAAAUGAUUAUGAUAGUGGUCAAACUCAUAUUGCUAAUCAAAAAAAAAAAGAAAAAGAAAGAGAAAGAGAAAAUAAUAAUUUAAAUCUAGAUUCAAAGGAAAAAAUUGAAAAGUUAAAACUUAAAUCAACUAAAAAAAUUAAAUCUCAGUGGAACUCAAUUAUUAAAAAAUAUAGUUCUUAUGACUUGAAUAACCAGGGAGAUUUGGUUGAUAUUUUCACGGGUGAGAUUGUUGAAGAUAAUGGACAUUUAAAAUCUAUAGAUUCAAAAAACUCAAAUUUAUGGAAGUUAUUCUCAAAUAAACAAAAAAUUAUUGCAAAAAGUAAAAAUGAUGAGUCUGAUGAGCAGAUAUCCAAAAUUGACGAGGAAUUCAAAAGUGAAAAAAAUAACCAAGAUAACACCCAAAAUGACCCUAUUAAAAACAAAGAAAACAUUGAACUUAUUCCAAAAAUAAAUUUAAAUAAUAAUAUACAUGCGCACGAUUCUUAUUUAAUAGAAGAUAAUCCCAAAUUUCACUUAACAGGCAUAGAAACCUCCACUCCUUUUUUUCCCAAUAAAAAUGCUCUUGACAUAGAGGUUAAUAGCAUUGGAACUUUGACACCAUUUCUGUUUGAUAAAAAUAAUCUUGGUAUUAAUAAUAUAAAUCUGUAUGGAAUUGAAACUCUAACUCCUUUUCCUUUAUUCAAAAGGAAGCCAUUUUUAUUAAAAGAUCAAAUUCAAACUUCAACACCACUUUUAAAAAAUAAUGAAAUACAUUUUGAUUUAAAUAACAUUGACACUUCCACUCCCUUUUCUUCUAAUCAGAUAGAUAUUAAUAAUUUUAAAACUGGAAAUCUAAAUUUAAAUUCAACUAAACUUAAAAGUUCAAUACUAAAUCCUAAAAAUCAGUUUAACAUUAGCAUUAGUGACCUUCAAACGUCAACUCCUCUACCAACAUUUCUCAAUAACAAACCUAAUGCUAAUAAACUUAAUGCUAAUCCUGAUAAUAACAAUAAAUAUUCUUCGGAUAAUUAUAUUAAUAAAAAUUACCAAGAUAAUGGUUCCAUUAAUGAUAAUUUAGUGUUUUUGACACCAAAGCCAAUAACAGCAAAAUCCAAGAGGAAACUACAAUUGUAUUCCAUAAAGAAAACAGCAAAUCAAAGCGAUAUACUGUUAAUGGAUGAUCUCGAUCUUCUCUCUUCAUCACGUAAAACAAAAAAAACAACUCCUAAAAAACUAAAACGAUUGUCUCGAAAUCCAUUUGCAUUUAAUAAAAACAAAAAUAAUAAAAAGCUUUCAAACGAUAAAACCCGAAAUAAAAAUCGUAAUCAAAAACCAAUGGGGAACAAUAUUUCCUUGAAUAAUUCUACAGUUUUUGACAACGAUGUUGAAAAUAUUGAAGAAAGAAAAUUAUCUGGAAUUCCUCAAGACAACGAUGAUGAUUAUGAAUCAACUCAAACUGAUAAUCAAAGAUAUAAUAAUUAUUUGAACUCUGACGAGUUCAUUCAAAGUAUUACAGCUCCCAAAAGAGUUAACGAAAGUCUGCCAGAAUUCAACAAGUCAAUGAUAGAUUCGUCGCCUUUAAAGAACAAGUCUAACACUGAGUCUUCCAUCAACAGCGGUUUUUCAAAAGGAAAUACCUCGACUGAGUUUUACAAGAAAAAGAAAUCUUCGAUUCAUUUAAAUCAAGAAUUGUUAUCUUCGCAAGCAAUAUCUGGAAAUGAAACCAUUAUUAGCAACAAUAUAUAUGGUAGAAACAAGAAUGAUAGCAUUCAGGCUAAAUCGAAUAACGCUCUCUUUAAUAUCAACACUCCUUCACCUAUUCGGUCUAAGAAUUAUUUGAAAGAAGAGAAUAACAUGGCAAUUGAUAAAAAAUCCCACAAGACUGGCGAGUCAUUAUCAAUUAUCAGUUUAAAUUCCAAUGAUUCUACUCUGGAAAGUGUUCAUAAUAAGACUAAGAAAGAGAACAUUUUGUAUGAUGUGAAAACACCAAAGAAUGUGAAUUUUACAACGGAUAAUGAGACAUUUGAGUUUGAAAGGGAAACCAAAUUAUUACCCAAAUAUCAGAAAAUGAAAACUUAUGGAAAAAGACCUAAAAAUCAGUUUUCUUUUAACAAAAUGUCCAAAGAACAUUAUUUGUUAGAUUCAACUAUAAUAUCAGAUGACGACAGUUCAGACUUUGAGCUUCUUGAGGUGUUUGAAAAUGCAAGACUGCAAAAAAUGGCUGCAGAUAAUUUAAAAAAAGUAACUGUUCAUGAUAUAACUGAUGAUAGUAAUUUUGAUGAGAUGGAUGAUCGUAAAAAAAGACAAAACCUAAGCAAAUACAAAAACAAUGGUUCCAGCAAGAAUAAGAGAAGAUCCCAAAAUCACGAAUCAGGCAGUAUGAAAAAAAGAACUCGAUCUAAUAUUAAAAAUCAAAAAGAAAACUCGACAUUGAUUGACGAGCUUAGUUUUUCGAAUAUUAGUAACUAA